CAAAUACAAAGGCGGAUGCCGAACAAUUUAAUAUCGUCACGUGCUAUCAACAAUUUCUAAAAGAUGAUCCGGAUGUAUCCAUGCCUAUCGCCGCCAUAGAAUCCUUGGUCGAACUGAUAAAGCAUAGUAAAGCAAACACGUUAUCGGAGUUCAUGGAAUCACUGAAAGAAGCCAAUCAAAAACUCAAGAAUUCCGUCAGAAAUUCUAUUUCGUUAUCAGCAGGGGCCGAUCUGUUUUUAAGGUUUGUUACGAGAACCUCUCACGAUGUCACGAAUUUUGAAGCAUAUAAGGAGCACUUGAUAAACAGUGGGAAGGAACUUGUUGAAAAGGCAGCGGCUGUGCGCGAGAAGAUUGCCGAACUAGGCGUACAGUUCAUAAAAGACGAUGCAGCACCGGCCGCUCAGAAGAAGCGAUUCAAGGUCUAUGUUACUGAAUCUAGACCUACUUAUUUGGGGCAAGUAUUACUGUUGUUCCUUGAGAUAUCCCGUUCAAGUUGGUUAACCGAUUUCACAUUAUUCAGAAUCAGGGCUACCAAACUGUUAUUAAAAGCCGGAGUCCCGGCGACUGUAAUUUAUGAUGCAGCGGUUGGAUAUAUUAUUGAUAAGGUGGAUGCUGUUUUCGUCGGGGCCGAGGGUGUCGUCGAAAACGGUGGAUUGAUCAAUGCGGUUAGUCAUCAUUCAGUGUAUUUGCGGGAUGCAUCACGAACUGCUCUAAAGAGUUCUUCUAUGUUCCAGAUCGGCACUUAUCAGCUAGCCGUUGUCGCCAAAGCCGCCAACAAACCAUUUUACGCUGUUAUUGAAAGCUACAAAUUUGUUCGCCUAUUCCCUUUGAAUCAGUACGACCUCCCAACUCAUACACCUGACCUACUUGCAUUCCCAGAUUUGGAACAUCAUUCACAGGCUGAUGAACUUAAACAAAAGGUGGUUAAUGAAGAAGACGUCGACAUAGGCGAUUAUGAGGCGAUUAAUCCAACAGUUGAUUACACACCACCAGAUUACAUUACUUUGCUAUGUACAGAUCUUGGUGUGCUAACGCCUUCGGGCGUAAGUGACGAAUUGAUCAAAUUGUAUUUGUAA